AUGCCUGCCAAAAAGCUCCAUUUGACCUCGUUGACAAGGUGUAGGAGGCUCAAAGCGCAACUGACCGCCCUUGGCUCCUUGAUAGAGCAAAUAUGCGAUAUCUCGGGCAUUUCGGGCUUAUCACUGGGUGUUCUUCACGAAGGAGAGGUCACUCAUUAUGCCAACUUUGGCUACCGUGAUGUUUCCACUCAGACACCGCCAGACGAGGACACGAUCUAUGUGGUGGGGUCUUUAUCGAAGGCAUUUACGUCCGCAAUAGCUGGAGUCCUGGUGGACCGAGGUGACCUGCAGUGGGAUGCGCAGAUCCGACACAUUCUUCCUGAGUAUCAGCGAGAUGAGAGAGAUUCGGCACGCAAUGCCACGGUCUCCGACAUCCUCAGCCACCGUACUGGUGUCCUGGGGCCAGACGGCUACUGGAUGCUAUCUGAAGGGGAGGUGGCCUUCCAGCGAGAUCAGUUCCUCCCGAUAUUCAAUUCUCUUCCGACGGUUCGGCCGACACGCACCGCCUUCAUCUAUAACAAUAUGGCGUACGAGCUUGUCGGUCAAGUUAUUGAAAAGAUCUCAGGCAAAACGGUCGGAAAUUUCCUGAAGGAGAGCAUCAUGAAGCCGCUUGGAAUGACCCGGACCUUUGACACACGCAUCACACCCGGCACCGCGAAUGUUGCAAAGCCAUAUGCUAGUUUUCUCAAUCGAAGCGUCUGCGAAAUAGAAAUGCCUCUGACACGUGAAGAUGGCUUGUUCUCUGCAGCGGGUGGGAUUCGAACUUCAGUGUCAGAUCUCCUGAGAUUUUACAAUGCGCUAAUGGAUUCUGGCAUGUCACAAUUGGACCAAGACGACCAGCGAAUUCUCGGAAAUCCUUUGAAGCAGGUUGCAGCUCUGUGGACAGGGAUGAUCAGCUUACCUUUUCCUUCACUGAGAGAACACAGCUAUGCGUUUGGAUGGGCUCGAGCGCAGUUACCGUCUACUUUCGGCCUCGACGGUCCACAGCCCUGGAAAGCAGUGAUCGGAAAGCGAGCCCCAUGUCGACUUGCUAUUUACCACCAAGGGAUCAUUCAGGGGUUUACGUCUUUUUCUGUUCUGAUCCCAGAGACACGAAGCGCAGUUGUGGUUCUCACCAAUUCGGGAGGACUCAACGAGGCGGGAAUGUUGGUUGCCAGUGCCGUGUUGGAUACGCUUUUGGGGGAUCAAAUAGACGAAGAAGCUUAUAAAGACCUUGCCCAGCUUGGCUAUGAAGCGGCGGCAUCCCGUCUGUCCGACAUCAUGAAGGAAUUGAAAGAGGGCCAACAGAUUGAAGUUCCCACACGACCGCUGGAGUACUACGUGGGCAAAUAUUACAAUUCCCUCAAGAAUUACUUCAUCGACAUUCGCAAAAGUGUCCAUGGAGGCCUGGUCAUAUCCUUCAUGGGCAGGCCCAUGGACACCUUUGAGCUAGUGCCUUACAAGAGCGACGAGUUCUUCUGGCAUUCAACCCAUGACGAAUGCGUCCGCCGCGGACGAGUCACGGAAUGGGACAUCGAGUACUAUCGCAUCAAGUUCAAAUUUGACGAAAACGGUACAGCUCUGAAAGAGCCUGUAUUGUACUGGAAAUAUGACUCGGAUUAUCCUGGAGAAGGAGAGCUAUUCAGGCGGCUCGGAACCCCCAGAACGAUCGGCUUGCAGCAGAGUAUUUGGGAAGAGCUGGAGCUUUGA